CUGCACUUUCCUCGUUGGGCUAUUUUAUUUCUUGACACCUCUCUCUAAAACUGGAAAAAGGCCUUCAAAAUCUCCGAAAAUUCGAAAACCAGAUCUAUCUUCCUCCUUCCCUCAGCUUAAUUUCUGCCGUUCUCUGUGAAACGGCUAAUCGAAUUGAUCUCCGCCGCCAGAAACCCGCUUUGCCUCCGUUGGGUCAGUUAUCAGGCGAAUACCAGCGAUCCCCUGUAAAAUGAGUAACGGCGAGCUCCUCCAAAUUGACCCGCUCGAGCUCCAAUUCCCAUUCGAAUUGAAGAAGCAGAUCUCGUGUUCCAUGCAAUUAACCAACAAGUCCAAUAAUCAUGUUGCGUUCAAGGUUAAGACUACAAAUCCCAAGAAGUAUUGUGUGAGGCCGAACACAGGAGUGGUGAUGCCUCACUCUACCUGUGACGUUAUAGUCACUAUGCAAGCCCAAAAGGAGGCUCCACCAGACAUGCAAUGCAGGGAUAAAUUUCUCCUUCAGAGCGUUGUGGUGAGCCCGGGAGUUACCACAAAAGACAUUACACCUGAAAUGUUCAACAAAGAGUCCGGGAAUCAAGUGGAUGAGUGUAAGCUGAAAGUUUCCUAUGUCUCGCCUCCUCAACCACCUUCUCCAGUUCGAGAAGGUUCGGAGGAAGGUUCUUCACCUAGGGCCUCGGUAUCUGAAAAUGGGCAUGUGAAUCAAGCCUCUGAAUAUAACUCGACGUCAAAAGCAUUUGUUGAACCAAAGGAGAGCUCAUUGGAGGCUAAGGCGCUGAUUGCAAAGCUCACUGAGGAGAAAUAUUCUUUUAUUAGGCAGAAUCAGAAACUUGAGAAUGAACUGGAGCUUUUGAGACGUAAAAGCAAUAGUGGUGGGAUCCCAUUUACGUACAUAAUCAUUGUUGGCUUGGUUGGAAUUCUGUUGGGCUACCUUCUGAAGAGAACGUGAUUGGUUUGAAUCUCGGCCCUUGCCUUCGCAUUUAGAUACCUCAGUUUGUCUGCUUUGUUCGGAAUUAUUUAGGACAUUUAUUCUUUUACAUUUGUUUUAACUGUGUGUUUGUUGUGCCAUUGAAGUAUAAUAUGCCUAAAUGGUUUUGAUUGGUUACUGUAACUGCUCGAUGUGCAUUUGUUUGUGUGGCUAGCCUUUUACAUUUUUUGUUCUUUUGCUUCAAUAUGUAAAACCUGUAUUUCCAUUUUUUGCACAUUACGAACUUUAUUGACUAGCUUUUAUAAUGUUUCGUUUAGAGAAUGGAACAUGCAUGAAGUGGUCAGAUGCCAUAUUUUUUUUUGGGGGGGAGUUAUUGUUGUUGAUUGUUUUGGAAUUCCAUUUCUACUAAGGAAUUGCAUUUGUAAUGCGUGUAGAGAUCAUUUUGUUUGUAGAACUGUUUGAAUCUUGACCGGGUUCGCCAACAUCAGUUUUGCUAUGGAGCCAUCGGAUGGCUCGGCUUAUGGAGUCAUCAACACUUAU